AUGUAUCCCUCACAGCAAAGUCCCACCACUCCUCGUCCUCGCCAACAGGCUGGCUUGGCCUGCGAUGAAUGUCGUAGACGAAAGCUUCGCUGUGACCGAGAGCAGCCGCAGUGCGGAUUGUGUCGAGACUCUGGCGUCGUAUGCAAUCGAACAACAACUAAACAGCCUCGCGGUCCAAAGAAAGGUCAUCUGCGAGCGUUACAGUUGCGUAUAACUCUUCAAGAUGCAAACAUGCCCUACCCGUCAUCAAUAGAGGCGCCAACUAAUGAAUGGCUCGCUCUUGAUGUCUUCAAUGAAGUGCGAGAGAGCUCAGCCAACAGCUCAUCCGACAGUUCCGCAGUCGAGUACUUUCCACUACCUGCGCCAUUAAUUGAGAAUCCCACUAUGGGACAAAUCUCGGAUGUCAUCAAACAUGACCUUGACCAUCUUUACUUUGAUCGAGCGCAUAACUUUUGUCCAAUUCUUAACAAGCGGCACUAUUUCGACAGAGCGAGGCAAGCCAGCAUGGACAACAACGUGACGGCAUUCUCCGGUCUACGGUAUACAAUGUGGACAGUAGCCGCAUCAACCUCGAGCCAGUUUCAGCAUGUUCAGGACGAACUGUAUGCAAACGCAAGAAGGAUCCUGGACAGCCUCGAGAUGGAUCCAUCAAUGGAUGACUACAUUCAGGUGGAGCAUCUUCAAGCGUGUACACUGCUUUUUAUCUACGAGUUAAUGCAUGUCAACUAUAGACAAGGCUGGAUGAGUGCGGGCAAGCUUUUCCGGUCCGCUAUAUUGCAAAAGCUUCACACGGUUGAUGGGCGUGAUGAGCUUUCUGCCAAUUCAUCGCUAACAGGAACUGAAAUCGAAGAACGAAGAAGAACUUUUUGGAUGCUCUUUGUGAUUGAUUGCUUUGUCAGUCUCAUGGAUCAGCUUCCGUUGACCUUCAACCAGCAUAUAAUAUUAACACGACUACCCAUGCCCGAAGCAAACUUCCAGAACAACGACCCAAUCGUUAUGCCGUUACCAUCACAAGCUCGGCCCGAUGACGAACCCCAAGCACCAUCCAGUUUUACCGAGUCCAUUCGACAGGCCACUCUAUGUAACCAAAGCCUAUCCCACUACCAGCGCAGCAUGGUUGAGCAAGAAGCCCAAGGUGCAUCCAGUCUCGACUUUUGGACGCGCCACCAACGUCUCGAAGCCAGCAUUGCUAUGAACUUGGAGCGCUUGUCGCUCCAAGACCAUUGCGCAAAUCUGCACCUGGACUCCCUGCCGCUCCUCACACACAUGACGACCCAAGCAGCCAUCAUAACAAUGUACAAGACGAUGCAAACAUCCCUGACCCAAUCCGAAAGAAACACGCAACAAGACGCUAUUGAGAAGCUAACCCACAUGGUCCUCCCCGCCGCCCAACGAGUGACUGCCCUCUCCAAGGAGUUGUCGGAACUGAGCUUUUUCCAGGUCCAUCCCUUCAUCCCCAUCCUCCUCUAUCACUGCAUCGACUUUCUGUGCUCCCACUCAUAUCUCGAUCCCGUCUUUGAAUUGCAAACUGCACUUUAUAGUGCACUGCGGGGCCUGGAAAAUAUGAGCAAGAUUGCAAAUGAUUGUCUUGUCCGCCUGGAAAUGACGUUCCCGUCGGUUUUGAGCAAACUGGGAAAUUUACACUUUUUAAUCGUAUAA